AUGGUUGGCAUUUCUGAAGAAUACGGUGGCCCGGGCAUGGAGAAUUUUGAUGUCUAUCGAAACCUGGGUCUAAGUCCGUAUGAAAUACGCAUUAACAACGUAGACCACUUGAAGUGGGCCGCAAAAAAAGCUGGAUUUUUGGUACAUCACGAUCGUUUGAUGAGGCACCACGCCAACAAACCUCAAGAUGUCGACUUAGGCACCCUCAAUGGUCUUGUGAGCUAUAUUUCAGAACUGGAGACGCAAGAACAACACCUUGCUAUUGAAGAGCUUAACAACCGCGCUCGGGCUGACUGGCGAAGUACCUGGAGUGUCAAAGACAAGAUUGGCGACUGGCGCCCACACAAGCCCCAUAUUGACGCAUCAGCUAUGGCUAGGAUUUGCAGCAAAUUUGCUCGGUAUAGGGCUGAUUCGUCACCAGAUUCGACUGAGGAUAGUCGUCCCCGCAAACAGUCGCCCUGCUCACCGGAGCGCCACCACCAGAAAAACACGCAUUCGCACCCGGUCUCUUCUCAUUUUGCACAUUCCGGAAGUAAGGAAGACCCCAUACUUGUCAGCAGUGAUAUCGAGGACGGCUAUGCAAAUCCCCGCUCUAUGCCAUCGCUACCCGCCGGCCCUCGAUACCAGCUCGAUCGGUUUCAGGAUCACCUGAAGAGCACAGGCAGCCGUGCGACAUUCGAAUACAAACUAGAGCUAGAGAAUUUGUUGGAACUUGGUCGCCAGGUUCAGCGACUGAAGACCAAUCAAUACAGUUCAGAUCCCAAUGUCGCAAUUGGUGUAGUACGAAGGGUUGGCAACUCUGACCACAAUGUCAUCCCAGAGUACUUGGUGACGGCCAGAUUGCCUUCAUAUCCCAACAAAAAUGUCGAGAGCCUGAUGGUAAGGGUAUGGAGUCUUGAUAUUUGCAUGAAGAAGUUGCCACCAUGGGGUGAACGGAACCAGAGUGUCAUUGAUCGGGAGGAUUUCUCCUCACUGGGUUACCAGUUUUAUCCCUUCAACUUGUGGUCGGAUAAUCAACUUAUUCAGUACUUGCAAGAUGUCAGAGCACAACGUAACUCUGGUUCAUGCUAG